GCCACUUGUGCCAAUGCUAUAGAUAUCAAAUGUCACGGCUGCUGUUUGCCGGAGCUAGCUUUGAGUUCGCGCGCGUUUCGCGCUCAUGCCCUAGCACCAAACGGACAGUUUCAACUCAAGUAGUGCAUAGACCAAGACCGCGAACACGUCGGAACUUGGGCGGGACCCCGUAUGAACUCUCGGGCGCAGAAAAUGGCGACCCUAGCCCUUCCGACCGUCCUGCGGACGGGCCCGACGGCCUUUCAAACGGCCUUACGGCAAACAAUAUCGCUGCCAAUGCCGCGGGCGAGCGCAAUGCUGCGAGAUCAGUGCGCAACGACAGUCGCUAUUCGGCCGCGACGCUGGCACAGAGUUCCACCGUUGACACGACUGCCGCGAGCGGUCCCCUCGUAAUGCCCAACGCUGACGCCGACAGCAACGGCAUCGCGGCGCCGCGAGACUUGAAUGGCAUGGGGGCGCGGCCACCUGCUCCCGCUUCCACGCAACACAACACUACUGACAGUGACGCAGGUGAUGGCGUCACGCACGUCCUGGCAGCAGCAGCUGGGCCGCUGGCGGGGCCCGUGUACGGUGGAACCUUGUUUCCCCCGCCCGCUGCUACUGCCGCUACUGCAACUGCCACGGGUGGACGCCAGUCAUCGCGCGCGCAGGACGCCGCUGAGCCUCUGAGCCCUCAGGGGCCGCAGCAGCCCCAAGCGCGGCGGCGCCGAGGCGCACGCACGCAGCCGUUACAGCGGGAGCAGCCGCCGUCCUCACCGCCGCACGGGGAGGUGCAGUCGCCAGGCGGCGGCGGCGGCAGCGGGGUGGCGGCGGAGCUUGGGCCGCUGCCGCACCCACAGCCGCCGCCACCGCGCCCGCCGCCCACGGGUGCGGGCUCGAAGCCUUGGCCGUUGGGCGCUUGGAGCCGCGGCGGUGGCGACAACGGUGACGGCGGCGGUGGCGCCGACAACGGUGGCGGCGGCGGCGUGCUGUUGGAUGCCGCAUCGGGGCAGGUGGCGGCCGCUGGCGUUGCAGGCAGCGCGGCGGCGGGCACACAGGGUGGUGCCGGCGGGGUCGCAGCGGGCGAUAUUGGCACAGGGGCUGACACGGCGGCUGCGGCGGUGCUGGCCACCGAGCCGAGGCAAGAGCCGGGCGUGUCGGCUGGCGGCGGUGGCGGUGGCGGUGGCGGUGCUGAUAAUGGAGCACACACCAGAGGCGCCGAGCCGCUCGGGACCGCGCAAGGCGCGGUGGGGGCAGCCCCAGCAGCGGCAGCAGCAGCAGCAGCACCGCCGCCGCCGGCCAGGGCAAAGCGGAGGCCGCGUGGGACAUGGAGCAGGACGGGGGCUGUAGCAGACGAGCCCGUCACGGCGGCACUGGCGGGAAUGUCAGACACGUCAGCAGCAGCACCAGCACCAGCCGUAGCACCAGCGGAGCAACCGGUACUGCCCUUGCCUGUGUCCCAGCUGCGGCCGCCCGAGGCCGCGGCACAACAGCAACAGCCGCCACCGCCACCGCCACCAUCGCCGCAGGCGCAGCAAGAAAGCGGCUCGAGCUUAUCCGGUGCUGAGGCGCUGGAAACACACACGACGCAGGACACGGACGGCGGCUCAUCCAGUGCUGAGGCGGUGGGCGCGCAAAUGACGCAGGACGUCGGCGGCUCGGCGGCUUCACUGUUGUCGUCCACGGAGCCGCCGCCGCCGCCACCGCCGCCGCCAUCGCCGCCGCCGCCGCCGCCACCGUCGCCGCCGCCGCCAGGAGUGCCCAAGCAGCGUAAAACUGCCAGGGGGCGGAAGACCGGCACGCAGGCUGUGGAGGAUGUGCCGGCGAUGCCCGCCGCCGAGGCAGCCCUUGAAGCAGCGGCAGGAGGGCCCAAGCAGCGUAAAAGUGCCAGGGGGCGAAAGAGCGGCACGCAGGCUGUGGAGGACGUGCCGGCGACGCCCGCCGCCGAGGAGGCCCUUGAAGCAGCGGCAGCGGUACCCCCGCCGCCACCGCUGCCGCCGCCGCUGCCAGUGCCCCGCACGUCGGAGCUCCGCACGCCUGGCGCCUUCCUGAGCUGCUAUGACCCACUGGUAGAGGUGGUGCGGGCGGAGCAGGCGGCGAAGCGGAAGCCGCGGCGCCGGCGGAGCGCCACCGCCUCUGCGCCCUUGCAGGACCCGGCGGCGGACCCGGAGACGGACGGUGCGGGGGCUGCUGCGCAGGCAGGAGGCGGGCAGCAGCCGCAGCCGGGGCAGGCGCCGGGGCAGGCGCAGCCAAGGGAGGGGUCUGCAGGCGUCCCGGCGAGCGGCAAAGCCACCCGACUGCUCAGGCGCUUCACCGAGUUUGAGCAGCAGCAGCAGGGGCCGCAGCAGCAGCAGACGGGAGCGACGGACGCGGGCACGGGAUUCCGCCGUGCAGGCGAUGGCGCUGGAGGAGACGGCAGCAGUAGCAGCGGCAGCAGCAGUGGCAGUAGCAGCAACAACCAUUGGGAGGAGUACCUCGCGACGCUGUCCACCGCAGACGACACGCAGCAGCCGGACGGCGCUGCUACAGCCUGGGCGGCUUGGGCCGGCGGCAGUAGCAGCGGCAGUAGCAGCGGCAACAAGGAGCGGGGGGAGGAGCCGUGGUUGGAUCGCACGGAGCCGCUGCCACGUGAGUUGCGGCACGCCUUCUGGCUGGAGCUGACUCAGCCCGACCACUUCCAACACCGCCACUUCCACGCUAGCGGCGGCAGUAGCAGCGGCGUCGGCAGGAGCCACAGCGGCGCUGCCAGUAGCAGUAGCAGUAGCACUGGCGAUUCACCGCCACUAGAUUUUACAGCCGACAACGCUGGCGGAGCCGCUUCUAUCGGCGACCGUGGCGGCUUGCCGGCUGACGAGCAGGAGGCGGCGCUGGCCGCCGCCACGGCUGUCGCCGCCGCAACCACCAGCCGCUUCUUUCGCACGGCGGACGGCGGGCUGCUGCGGCCAGGAUGCGACGCGCUGCCUGUGAUCAUCGGUGUACGGCAGCCGCAGCCGUACGGCCCAGCCGAGGUGUACGAGCUGCCUGAUCUGGGCCUGGGCCCCAUGGACGAGCAGACGUGGCAGGCCUGGGGCGACCUGCCGUACAGCAACCGCCCGCAGCCCCUAGUCGAGAUCGCGCCGGCGGCGGCGGCGGCGGCGCCUGGUGGUGCGGGCGGCGGCGGCGCGGCUGGGGGCCCGGGGUUUGAGCUGUGCCCGGAGGAGAUGCGUGGCGCGGGCGGUUGGCGGACGUAUGAGGUGCUGGUGGGUCCCGGCUACAGCCACGACCCCACCGGCACGCUGCACCCGCUCAUCCUGCGCUGCAACGGCCGCGUGUGUGUCAACGCGCGGCACGUGUGGGACCUCCUCGAGUUCGUCGCCGACCCCUCCCGCGACGCCGUGCGCUCUCACCUCACCAACAUCGCGCUGCUGCAGCGCCGCGCCGCCGGCAGUAGCAGCCCCGCCGGCGGUAGCAGCAGCGCGGCAGGCAGGAGCAGCGCCGGCGGCAGCAGCAGCCCCGCCGGCGGAUGCAGGGGCGCGGCGGAGGGCAGGGCGGACGGAGGCUUGAGUGAUGUUGAGGACUGGGCGCAUGCAGAGUGGGAGGCAGGCGCCACAGCUACUGCCGCAGCCAGCGGCGGCAGUAGCAAUGUCGGCAGCGGCAGUGACGGCGGCCACAAGGUACAUGGCGGCAGGCGGCGCGGUGUGGGCUCCAGCGGCGGCACGGUGACGGGGUCGGGGGAGCUGCUGUCGCCGCUGUUUUGCCACUGGCUGCUGCUGCGGCGCUGGGGGGCGCGGGGGCUGGCACACGUGCGGUGGGGCCCGGGCGACACGCUGAGCCACGUGCAGGCGGUGCGCAGGAACCCUGCCUAUGAGCUCAGUCGCUCCGUGUCGGCGCCGGCAUGGAUGGCGGUGGCGCGCGCGGCGGCGGAGGCGCGCUUGGACGCCGCCCCCCUGCCGCCGCCGCCGCCGCCGCCGCCAUCUAGUGGCGGUGCUCCCCGUGCGGGUGCGGAGGAUGGUGGCGAUGCUGGCAGUGCUGGUGGUGGCGGUAGUGGGUUGUGGCGCUAGGCCCCUCGUGUGAAUGAAUGUGCAUGGGGGCAGGGAUUUGGCGUGCUGCGUGCGAGGGAGCAGGUAGGCAGGUAGCAGCCAGGGCCAGUGUUGACGCUUGCAUUCCCGGUGUAAAUUAGCGCGCGCAGUACAUUUAAGGAGAUUAGCGGGCCUAGGUCCGUGAUGUGAGGAGCUAGAUAGAUAGGUUGAUCCGGUCUUAGCGCUAGCCCUCUUAGUCUCUUACACCGUCCUGAGUGGUCGUCUGUUCUAAACGCAAACUCCACAAAUUACUUUGGCGUGUGGGGAUGCGGCGUUGGCGAGAGCCACGGAUGGCCCCUUAUACCGUGGGGGCAUGUCGCACCCGUGGAGGGCACUGUACAGUUGUGACGUGACAAAGACACGCGCAUGCAAUGCACAUGCCGCGCGAUUGCAAGAGCACGCCGGGGGCAGAGGUCCCCUGGCGCUCGGCGCAGGAGCCCCGGCCCCUCGUCUGGGGUAUGCAAGCUAAGGUGGAACC